AAAACACGAAAACCAAACUACAGAGUACAAAUUUUUUUGACAACAUUUACUUUCACAAAUACAAUUACGUCACAACAAAAAAUCUGAUACACUUAAAGUAAUAUAUCAAUCGAGUAAUUAAUGGGACAUUUAUGUUAAUACUUAAAAAAACACAACAACAAAAAAAAGUAAUUGUCUUUAUACAACAAAGUCCUCAAAUUUUGAAUUUUAUUUGUAUCACCUCUAAGAUUUUGUUAAUGGUCUCGCCUGAGAGAUCAUCGCAUUUCCAAUCAUCUCCGAUGGCAAAAUACGCCGGAGCAAGAACAAGACCGGUCAUAUGUUUCUCCGACGUCGUUCUCUUCCUCGGCGGAGCUUUCAUGUCUUUAAUCCUCGUCUGGUCAUUCUUCUCCUUCUAUUCAAUUUCACCAAAUCUCACCGUCAAAACCAAUGAAACCUCCGCCAAAUGUUCUCCAGAAAUCGACAUGAAGUACGAUCCAACCGACCCGGUUUACUACGACGAGCCGGAUCUAACCUAUACAAUCGAAAAACCGGUUAAAAACUGGGACGAGAAACGAAGACGUUGGUUAAAUCUACACCCUUCGUUUAUCAUCGGAGCUGAGAAUCGUACGGUUAUGGUAACAGGAUCACAAUCGGCGCCGUGUAAAAACCCAAUCGGAGAUCAUUUGUUGUUACGGUUCUUUAAGAAUAAAGUUGAUUAUUGUCGGAUCCAUGGUCAUGAUAUAUUCUAUAGUAACGCUCUUCUUCAUCCGAAGAUGAAUUCUUAUUGGGCGAAACUUCCGGCGGUUAAAGCGGCGAUGAUUGCUCAUCCUGAGGCGGAGUGGAUCUGGUGGGUUGAUUCUGAUGCUUUGUUUACGGAUAUGGAUUUUACGCCGCCGUGGCAUCGGUAUAAGGAGCAUAAUCUUGUUGUUCAUGGUUGGCCGGGAGUGAUUUACAAUGAUCGGAGUUGGACGGCGUUGAACGCCGGCGUUUUCCACAUGGGGAAUUGUCAGUGGUCUAUGGAGCUCAUUGACACGUGGACAGGUAUGGGACCAGUGAGUCCAGAGUAUGCUAAAUGGGGACAAAUCCAACGGUCAAUAUUCAAAGACAAACUCUUCCCAGAGUCAGACGAUCAAACGGCUCUGAUUUACUUACUCUACAAACACAGAGAAGUGUAUUAUCCCAAAAUAUACCUCGAAGGAGACUUUUAUUUCGAAGGAUAUUGGUUAGAGAUCGUACCGGGUUUAACCAACGUAACGGAACGGUAUCUGGAGAUGGAACGAGAAGACGCCACGUUGCGUAGACGUCACGCAGAGAAAGUGAGUGAACGAUACGCAGCGUUUCGUGAGGAACGGUUUUUAAAAGGAGAAAGAGGCGGGAAAGGAAGUAAACGGAGACCGUUCGUGACGCAUUUUACGGGAUGUCAACCUUGUAGUGGUGAUCAUAACAAGAUGUACGAUGGUGACACGUGUUGGAAUGGGAUGAUCAAAGCCAUUAAUUUCGCUGAUAAUCAAGUGAUGCGUAAGUAUGGUUUCGUACACUCGGAUCUAGGGAAGACUUCCCCUCUUCAACCUCUACCGUUCGAUUAUCCUGAUGAGCCUUGGUGAUUUUUAGGGUUUUAAAAAAAAAACAAAUUGUGUUUUGCUGUUUUUUUUAAACUCUUUAGAUGUGCUUUUAUAAUGAGUUUGUUAUUAUAAUCCAUGAAUUGAAAGGUUUAUACUGCAGAAGCUUUUUGAAUUAUAUAAUGAUUAUUGCCUUAUU